AUGCCCAACCCCAGGCCAGCCAAGCCCUCGGCCCCUUCCUUGGCGCUUGGCCCAUCCCCGGGAGCCUCGCCCAGCUGGAGGGCUGCACCCAAGGCUUCAGACCUGCUUGGGGCCAAGGGCCCGGGGGCAACUUUCCAGGGCCGGGACCUCCGAGGCGGGGCCCAUGCCCCCACCUCCUCCUCUUUGAACCCCAUGCCACCAUCGCAGCUGCAGCUGCCCACAGUGCCCCUAGUCAUGGUGGCACCCUCCGGGGCACGACUGGGCCCCUCACCCCACUUGCAGGCACUCCUCCAGGACAGGCCGCACUUCAUGCACCAGCUCUCAGCGGUGAAUACCCACGCUCGGACCCCGGUGCUGCAGGUACGCCCACUGGACAGCCCAGCUAUGAUCAGCCUGCCGCCACCCACUGCUGCCGCCAGCGUCUUCUCCCUCAAGGCCCGGCCCGGCCUGCCGCCUGGGAUCAACGUGACCAGCCUGGAGUGGGUGUCCAGGGAGCCAGCCUUACUCUGCACCUUCCCAAGCCCCGGCACACCCAGGAAAGACAGCACCCUUUCGACUGUGCCCCAGGGCUCCUACUCGCUGCUGGCAAAUGGUGUCUGCAAGUGGCCCGGUUGUGAGAAGGUCUUCGAGGAGCCAGAGGAUUUCCUCAAGCACUGCCAGGCGGACCAUCUCCUAGAUGAGAAGGGCAGGGCACAAUGUCUCCUCCAGAGGGAGGUGGUGCAGUCUCUGGAACAGCAGCUGGUGCUGGAGAAGGAGAAGCUGGGCGCUAUGCAGGCCCACCUGGCUGGGAAGAUGGCCCCGACCAAAGCUCCAGCCACGGCGUCAUCAGACAAGGGCUCCUCCUGCUGCAUCCUAGCUGCAGGUACUCCGGCUGCCCCUGGCCCAGCCUGGCCCAGCCCCCAGGAGGCCCCCGACGGCCUGUUUGCUGUGAGGAGGCACCUCUGGGGCAGCCAUGGAAACAGCACGUUCCCGGAGUUCUUCCACAACAUGGACUACUUCAAGUUCCACAACAUGCGGCCCCCCUUCACCUACGCGACCCUCAUCCGCUGGGCCAUCCUGGAGGCUCCCGAGAAGCAGCGGACACUCAACGAGAUCUACCACUGGUUCACACGCAUGUUUGCCUUCUUCAGGAACCACCCUGCCACCUGGAAGAACGCCAUCCGCCACAACCUGAGCCUGCACAAGUGCUUCGUGCGGGUGGAGAGCGAGAAGGGGGCCGUGUGGACCGUGGAUGAGUUCGAGUUCCGCAAGAAGAGGAGCCAGAGGCCCAGCAGGAGCGCCAACCCCACACCCGGCCCCUGA